AUGAGAACUUGCCCUACAGCAGCAAUGGAGGUCAUCCUCCACUUAAGACCACUUCAUGAAGUAAUAAGUAGUACUGCUAACGGAACAAUCUUGAGAUUUGCAAAGGAGGGAACUGGUACGGGCAAGAGUAUUGGUCUCAAAGAAAGGGACUCAAUAUCGAACACCACAGUUAAAAACCUCCUUGACAUCCCAAGAGAUUGCAUGAUCAAGAAAUACAAUUUUGAGAAAAACUUUCAAACACAGUUUAGUAGCAAGGCAAAGUGGCAUUCGCUUGACCUAGAGCGUUUGCAAUCAGGUGAUAUAGCGGGGACAUCGAAAGGUGCCCCAGCUACAGCACAAAGGAACCCAACAGCAACCAAGCCAACGGCAACAACAGUCGAUAUGGGAGGGAAGAGGAGACGCAUCUUUGCGAAGCCGAACCUGAAGAAUUUGCCGAAGCGUCGUUCCCAAAACCCUUCAGUUGAGCUGCCUACUAAAGGGGGGGAAACGGCGCGUACAGCGAAAACCGAAGGGGCAGCUAAAAUACAGGAGCAGAUGAACAACUCUCCGGUGGAGGAAGAGUUUAAUUAUAUGUCCGACGGGGGAGAAGGGCAUUAUACAACGGGUGACAGCAACAAUCUCGCUGAUCAUUCAUCGCCAGAGCCGUCAUCAGACGAAGAAGAAGAGGAGGAGCAGACCCUCCAAACAAAGAUAAAUGAGUUUGAGAGGAAAAUGGAUGCCCUCAGACAAGAAGUCGCGCCCCUGAUCCAGCUCAUGAAAGCGAAGCAAGAAGCCCGCAGAGCCAAGGAAAAGCAAGAGCUCGCAGAUAAGGAAGCCGCAAAAGCAGCCAAUGCAGCGCAACAACAACAAGAGCAGCUUCGACUGCAGCAACAGCAAGUCCCUCAACCUCAGCGAGAACAAAAAGCUCCACAGCAUAAGCAACAAGCAAAGCAGCAACAGCGGCAACAACAACAACAAUUGCCUGCACAAGUUGCACAACAACAACAACUACACCUGCCCACACAAGUGCCAGAGCAGCAGCAAGAACAGCCACAGCAGCAACACAACAGAGGCAGUAAGCCCAGUGGAAGUAAGCAGCAGGUGCGGACUCAACAGCAGCAAGCCCAGGAGCAGCAGCGUGGGAGAGUACACCAGCAGCAGCCACAGACAACACGAAGCAAAAAAGAAAACGUGCCACCCAUAAAUGUAUUCAAAUGGAGCUAG